UAGGACUUUGGACAUAACAUAACCUAACAGCAUUGUGUAAUCUUAAAAUAUAACUCCAUCUUUACAUGUCAGGUUCAGAGUACAAGAAGAACACAAGUACGUCUUUGCUUACUAGUUGCGAACAAUUGAACAAGUAUAUUUAAAGGCACACGCAUGUAGAAAAAUAGCAUCAUCCUACAUCCAAUUUUCAGCAUGGGUUGGAGAGGAAUAUUGGGUUUCGAAUAUGGCAUAGUUCAGGCACCAUUAGGUCCUGAUAUCUCUGGUCCUCAACUUGUUGCCGCUGUUGCCAAUGCUGGUGCUCUUGGCCUUCUCAGAGCUCCUGAUUGGGAAUCCCCUGAUUACUUGCGGGAGCUCAUAAGGAAAACUAGAACAUUAACUGAUAAACCCUUUGGGAUUGGUGUUGUUCUUGCUUUUCCUCAUGAGGAGAAUUUGAAGGUUAUUCUCGAUGAAAAAGUCGCAGUCUUGCAAACUUAUUGGGGUGAUUGUACACCUGAAUUGGUUGCCAAGGUUCAUUCAGUUGGGGUCAAAAUUGUUCCACAAGUUGGGAGCAUCGAAAGCGCAAAACUGGCAAUUGAUGCGGGUGUCGAUGGAAUCAUCGUACAAGGACGUGAGGCUGGUGGUCAUGUUAUUGGUCAGGAUAGUUUAAUUUUGUUGGUGCCGACGGUGGUUGAUCUUGUUGGCGACCGUGAUAUACCUGUUAUCGCAGCUGGAGGAAUUGUAGAUGGCCGUGGUUAUGUCGCUGCUCUAGCACUUGGUGCGCAAGGCGUCUGUCUAGGCACUAGGUUUCUUGCAACUGAGGAAAGCUAUGCUCAUCCUAUAUACAAAAGGAAGUUAGUUGAACUCGAUGAAACUGAGUACACGGACGUAUUUGGCAGGGCAAGAUGGCCCGAUGCACCUCAUCGUGUCCUGCAGACACCCUUUUUCAAGGAAUGGAGAUCCCUUCCAACCCAUGAAAGUGAAGCAAACCAAUCUGUCAUUGGCCAUUCAACAAUUCACGGCGUGAAGAAAGAUAUACGCCGUUUUGCCGGUACAGUCCCAAACAUGACAACUACAGGAGAUCUUGAGAGUAUGUGUAUGUAUGCUGGUGAAGGUGUUGGUCUCAUCAAGGAAAUUUUGCAUGCUAGUGAAGUGAUAAGAAGACUAGUUGAAGAGGCUCAACUUAUAAUUCAGCAAAACAUCAAGUAGAUUGUUAAAUAUCAAGUGAAAUUAGCUCACAUUUCAAGUAGCUUGGUCAGGUCUUUAUAUGUGUUCAUCCUAUAUGCACUUCAGAAAACAUAGAAAUGUGAAAAUAAGAUUAAAAACUAAUAAAAAUAGUACAAUAAGUUCACGUAGCA